CAAGAACAAAGUAAUAUUUAUGUGUUAAAUAGAAAAUAUUAAAACAAAUAAACUCUUAGCAAAUCGAAAGAAUUUGAGAGAUAAUCAAAGGCUUGGGAGCAGCUAGCUAUGGGUCGUGAUGAUGAUAUUGAUGAUGAAGGCAAUAGAUUUGGUAUCAGCAGCAAGAUCAUGGGCACCGCUAUCUUCUCCCUAUUCGCCGUCGUGGUGAUCAUCGUCCUCCUCCAUAUUUACGCCAGAUAUCUCUUAAGACGCCAAGAAAGAAGACAGCGUGAUUCGCCGUAUAGGGCAACAACCACCACCACCACCACCACCACCACCACCCAAGCUGCACCGGAUGAUCAAAUCCGCCGACAUCCGGCGGCCGGGAAAGGUCUCGAUCCGAUGGUCAUAGCCUCGCUGCCAAAGCUCACCCACAAACCGUCGGAUCAUAGUGAAGCUGUAGAGUGCUCGAUUUGCUUGAGCACCGUGGGGGAGGCGGCCACCGUCAGGGUUCUACCAAAUUGUAAGCAUAUGUUUCAUGUGGAGUGCGUUGAUGUGUGGCUUAGCUCGAACACAACUUGCCCCAUCUGCCGCACCGCGGCUGAGCCAAGGGUGGUUCAUCCGGUGCAACCCACGGCUCCGCCUGCUGAAUUCGAGAAGGCGGGUGGGUCGGGCGGGUCACGAGUAAGCUCAUUUCGGACGAUGCUUAGCAUGGAGAGAUCGUCUAGGAGGGUUCAGAGUUGUGGAGAUCAUGAUGAAGUGGGCGCAGAAGAUCUAGAAAGACAGUGAUUGCUGGGUAUAAUUACCUAAUUAAUUAGUAUUUUUAGGUAAUUAUAUAUUUUUCAAAUUCUUGGUAUAAAUAUAUGAAUAUGGGGUUCAAUUUUUUAUAUUGGUGAUGAUAAUGUUGUAGCAUAUGGGACCAGACAAUAUUGUAUGAGUACUGCCUUCCCAGUUUACAUAAGACAAAAUAUUAUAGGAUUCACUUUGGUGUUGAUUUAUGUAGUUUUCCAUUGCAUGUAUGUAAAAGGAUAUUGCAUUAAUGCCGUAAGGUUUUUUAGUUUA